AUGAAGCUCUUUCUACUUACUCUUCCGGUCCUCGCGCAGUGCGGCGAAAUCGUCUGGGACGGCCGCAUCAACGCAUCCACCACUGUUGACCACUUUGACCAGUGGUCCUGGUCCAACCAAAUCCAACCGUAUCAAUGGUACAUCCACGGUGAUGGCAAGACGGGCCGGUAUCUGGGACUAUCGACAGAUUUCAAGAACCCCGCUCUGGAUGAUGGGAAGGGCAUGAAGAUCAGCAUUGAUCAAUCCUCCUCGUGGAACGGCCAACCGAUGCUCCGAACUGAAUUGAUCCCGCAGACGACAGAGGAUCUCGGUAGUGGACGGUUGAUAUACCAUUUCUCGCUGCAGACAAGGAAGAAGAAUGCGCCGCAGGGGGAUGUCGAGCAUCAGAUAGCAUUUUUCGAGAGCCACUUUACCGAGAUCAAAUACACCGGCAACACCCUGCACUGGAUGGCAGACGGCGAGUCGCACUGGUCGACAAGGCUUCAGCCCGGAACAUGGCAUAACUUUGCGUACGAUAUCGACUUUGACAAGCAGAUAGUCGGAUUGUGGGCAUCAACUGGAGCACAGCCGCUGAAGAAAGUCGUGAAUAAUGUAUCUGCGUCGGCGUCUAGCAACUCGCAGGACUGGCAUGUGGGAGAGUUGAAGACUGAACAGUCUGGAGCAAGAGAAGAUUGGUACUGGUCUGGGGUCUACAUCGAAAAGGCACCGGUAACACAGAAGAUUUCGUGA